UGAUUUGUCUUCAGGAUAAACGAUUGAAAAAAAUAACAUGGGAAACUCUUCAAAGUUCAAGCUUUUUAUGACAAAACUCCAUGUUUAAAUAUUUUCAGCAUGCUUCACAUGUCUGUCUGCUAACUCUGAUCUUGGUAUAUCUGGACAGAGAGCGCCCCCUACCUUUACAUGAAGUAUAACACAAAAAGCGUUACCCACCUCCAUAAAUUGACAUUUAACUAAAACAGCAGCAUGGUUUUAAAAUAAGCACAUUAACCACUGCAGCAAUUGCACAGACUGGAACAACCAGAUGGAUGUCUUCCAAAAGCCAGAUUAUCAAGCAACGUGUUCCUGGAAGGUCAUUACUGAGAGGAGAGGUUAUUGUUAGAACUCGAGGAAGAUUGGUAACCAAAAUACUACAGAUUACAUCACCAAAGCAGUCAGCAUUACGUCACAGGACUGAGGUCAUAGGGUGUGGCCUGGCCUCCUAUCCCAAACCUGACCUAAACCUGAUGCCCACUCUGAUCCUGAAAUGAGUCACUCUUGAAUCACUCCUGUUAUCACAUAACUUCAUGUUAGUGUGUGACAGCUUACUGUUACUGGGGGUGAGUCAAGGAAACUUCUCAGAAAUUAAGCCAGCCGCUGCCCCUAAAGUGGCAGUAAGUUCUUACACCCAUUGUCACACAAGUACUGACAAGUGUGGGAACAUCUGGAUUUUCACUUUAGCUCAUAGGUCCAGAUGGCAAAAGACAAACCAUUUGGACGAGACUGGUAGAACUUCACAUGGUUCACAGGGGGGAAACUUCUAACGGUUCAAGAUUAUGGACUUCAGCAGGGUGGAUAAUCAGUGAUGAUAAAAGCAAAGACAAAAAAAUGCCAGAAAUGACCUGGACACCAUCCUCAUAACAUAGUUAUUAGUUCAGGCCAAUUAAUAGUCUAUAGAAAUUGCAUAAAAUCCAACCUGUUAUAAACACUAUAACAACUCUUAACAUAUUUAAACACAUGGAAGUGCUGUCAUUUCGUGUGCAUAUUUCUUUGUGUUUGUUUCUCUCCGGGCAGCAGGACCAUGGAUAGAAACCACAGUGCCAGUCUUCCCAACAUCGCCUGGAACUCGCUGUCGAUCAGCGUCCAUUGUCUCCCGUUUCCCCCGAGAAGCGGCUCGGUGCGGCUUCCCCUUUAAGAGAUCAUCCCCUUUAAGCGAUCGGUGCCGAGGCGGACCGACACCGGAGCAUCGUGCGGCCGAUCAUCAUGGCCCCCAACCUGCGUCUGUCGCAUCCUGGACAGGGGGAGCGCAGGCGAGGCGGCGGCUCUUCCUUCCCCUAUGCGGAACCGGCCGGCGAGAUGCUCCGGCGUCGCAGAUAAAGAUCGCCGGGGAAAGCCUCGUAAACGCCAGUCCGGCCGCUCUCCUCCAUGCCUGCAUCAGGACCCUCGCUCGGCAGCUUGACCAAGGGGAGCGGCAGAAGCAUGAACAAGGACUACUCGAUUAACCUGUCCGUACAGCAGGUGCUGAGCCUGUGGGUGCAGGGCACGGUGCCGACGCUCCAGCAUUUCACCGAGAUGUGGUACUGGGUUUUCCUCUGGUGUCUCUUCUCGUCUCUGCUGCUCCACGGCGCUGUGGGCCUGCUGAUGCUGGUGGCUCUGCAGAGACACCGGAGGGGACGCCUCAUCACCCUGCUGCUGGUCAGCGUGGGAUUCCUGGCCUCCCUCAGCGGAGCCGUCAUCACCAGUGCCGCGGUGGCUGGGGUGUAUCGGGUGGCAGGGAAGGACAUGGGGCCCUUGGAGGCGCUGGUGUUCGGCGUGGGACAGACAGCCCUCACAGUCAUCAUCUCCCUCUCGCGAAUCCUCGCCACACUCUGAGGACUGACAGAUGGGCGCGGAGAAGGGGGGGGGGGCGCAAAAAGCCACGGAGAAGCCAAUCCAAUCACGGGGAAGGAGCACUUACGCGGACGGACAGCAGCCUCGCUCACUGGCUGCGAUGGGAUCCGCCAAGGUUUGCUGGGAUGAUGGUUCCGGAUUGCUGUCUUGUUUUAGAGGUGCCCUCUGCUGGUUGAAUGGGUGACCUGCAGCACCCCAAGGGCAAACCUUAGCUCAAAGCUAAAGCUGAUGUACAGGAACAAGAGCACCUUGAUCCUGACACUCCUUAGAGCAUGACCAGUGACUGACCACAGAGCAAUGCCCAGGUGGGCACUGACAAAUGUGGAAAUAUAUCUGACUCCAGCGUGCCUAAGGGGGCCCAGUUUCCCAGGGUGCUCUGCUACCAAAGGAAAGCUCAUACCGACACUGGAGGGGUCACAGAUGCAUUAUGGGAAAAUCAUGUUUCAACUCUUAAAAAGCUACUUAAAAAAGCUGAUUCUGUAAUUCAGCUUCUUUAUUUAACGGUGAAUCUGGGAAGAAUAUUCUAGAUCUUUAUCAAUGGAGGUACUUAACAUUAGGCAUUGCCAUGAGCACAGAAAGACGUUUUUACAUAGAUCAUAUCCAGUGUGGGGGAAGACUUCCUGAGCUGUGUUGUAAACCACAGCUGUUCGAGUUGCUCUUUUCUAAUGUGCUUUGCAGAAGAGAGAUCAAAGACGGCUGAGAGAUUAGGGGCUGUGGAAUUUUCCACGCCUGGUCCUGCCAUCGCUCUCCUGUGUCUGAGAAGUGCGAGGGCCUGCGAUGGAGUUGUUAUCGUGCUGUACUAAGAUGGCUAUCCAGAUAUGGUGGCUGUUCAGGUAUCAGUAUGAAAUGCAGCACAUCUCCAGGAUUCUCCAUUUCCCCUCUGUUUGAUAUGCACAUGAGUCCAACCUCAGCAGUCUGCACGCCAGUCUGUGUAAAUUAUGGUGUUUUUAUUUGUAUUUUUUUUUGUAAUUGUCAUAAUUCUUUAAAUGUGACUACAAAUUGCACUGACCUGCCUUUAAUGGCCUGCCUACCUUGUGUUUUACAUGGAGUCCUCACAGAAAGUGUGUGUGAGUGCUGCCCCCUAAUGGCCAUCCUUGUGCUGACAGUAUUCCAAAACAAAAAGACUAUCCUGUGUUUUAAGAACCAUGGUAAUUACUCAGCACACUUGCUACAGCAGAGGGUUCUGAAGCCAAAGUUUUCAUCCUAUGUUUUGUGAGAAACAUGAUGUACGUACUUUAUUUGUGUAAUUGUUUACUGUUUAGAAACAGUAUUUCCAUUGCAUAGUAAAUAAGUGGUUCCUUAGUCAUGUGAGUAUGGGGGCAUGACCCUCCCCCCUAACAGAAUGCGCCAGGUUGCAAACCAUUACAGAUUGGCGGGGGGGAAGAUAUGAAUCGUUUUACUAACACUAGGGCAGGUUUACUACUCAUCAGUACCAGAACUGUCCACAUGGGGGCAUUAAAGUUCACUAAAUGUGAGUGGUGUUUGUGAGCGUUCAUCCUUUCUGAUGAUUCUGGACUGGGGGUAGAGACCCAACACAAGACUACGAGUAACACUCAGUAUCAGUACUUCCUGUGGACCCUCAGUAUUGAUGUACUCGGAAUGGCACAGUGUGAAUCACACCUGGGGAGGGGGGGGGGGGGCAUCUAAUGCAGUGAAACUUAACCACUGAAUAAAAACACCAUGUAUUAGUGUGUUUAUAUAACUCUAAUAUUUGAAGCAGUGAAUUUCUAACCUUUACAAUCUCUGGUCAGUCCUGCUAAUUACCCCAGCCAAGAGUAGGUAUAUAAUUACUGCCUUAUCUUUUAUUUGUUAGUUUGUCUAUUUAUUUGGGCAAUUUUGAUUAUUGCUUUAUCUUUAUAUAAAGUAAUACUUGCCACUAUGCUGUAAAAUAAAAAAACAAGAUAUUCACUAGAAAUAUAUGAAUGACCAAAUUCUUUACAUGUAUUCUCAUUACAUCAAACUCAUUUUACGAUACACAGACAAUAUACAAUAUAAUGUAAAAUAAAGGUAAUAUAGUAAUAUGUAAAUGAAUGAGCUGUAAUUUAUGCACACUCAUGUAUCCAUAGUAUUUUACCACAAUAUUUCUGUAAGAAGAACUAUUGGUGCUUGCUGACUGCACAUGAACGAUAUGCCCACUGCUCAUUGGUCAGUGUAUUUAAAGCUGUUGUAGGUGAAUCACAGUAAUCCGCAUAUCUGCUGGUUGUUUUUGGGGUGUCCAUACAGACACCGCCUGUACAGUCAAUUUUCCCAUUAAGAUACACAUGCAUCAAGCGACAGACAGACACAUCCUGUAUCCUUUGAGUUGUUUGUGGGAGUUUUUUUCUGGUCAGUUUGAUCUGGACUGUUUCAUUGUGGUCACUGCUUAUAAACAGUGCAAUACAUGGUGGAGAUCUGUUUUUUGGGCCACUGGAUGUAAGAUUACUGUAUUCUAAACCCGCAGGACUACAGUCCUAGCUGUAAAUAGUGUAUCAUACAUUUUUUAGUUUUGUACCAGCCAGCAGCGGUUGUUUACGACUCGCCUGUUUAUGUACCAACGCUGUCCUGCAGAGAAACCGUAGUGAUUUGAAAUAAAAGAUGUUUUUUUUAACAUA